AAAACCUAGCUAGUUUUCAUACAACAACCCCAUCAAAGGUUCAUUUCAAUAUGGCAUUCUUGCCAAAUUUUGCACCCUUCACCGUUCUUAGUUUAGUGUUGUUAGUGGUUGGAGUCAUUGUGUCUAGGGCUGAAGCUAGGCCAAGAGCAUUCUUUGUAUUUGGAGACUCACUUGUUGAUAAUGGAAAUAACAAUUUCUUGGCUACCACUGCACGUGCUGAUGCUCCUCCUUAUGGCAUUGAUUAUGGUCCUACUCACAGACCAACCGGUCGUUUUUCCAAUGGCUUCAACAUUCCUGACUUUAUCAGUCAGCGACUUGGUUCUGAGUCUACAUUGCCAUAUUUGAGUCCAGAGUUGACAGGUGAUAAGCUCCUAGUUGGUGCCAAUUUCGCUUCAGCGGGAAUUGGCAUACUUAAUGACACUGGAAUUCAGUUUGUAAACGUGAUCAGAAUGUAUAGACAGCUAGAAUAUUUUCAGGAGUACCAGAACCGAGUGAGUGCUUUGAUUGGAGCUUCACAGGCAAAGCGUUUAGUGAAUCAAUCACUAGUUCUGAUUACAGUAGGUGGCAAUGAUUUUGUGAACAACUACUACUUGGUGCCAAAUUCAGCAAGGUCUCGCCAAUACCCACUUCCUCAAUAUGUGAAGUAUCUCAUCUCUGAGUACCAAAAGCUUUUGCAGAAGCUAUAUGAUCUUGGAGCUAGGAGAGUUCUUGUGACAGGCACAGGGCCUUUGGGUUGUGUCCCUUCAGAACUGGCCCAACGUGGCAGAAAUGGAGAAUGUGCUGCUGAACUACAACAAGCAGCAGAAUUGUUUAACCCACAACUUGAACAAAUGUUGCUACAACUCAACAGGAAACUUGGAAAGGAUGUUUUCAUUGCUGCAAACACAGGAAAAAUGCAUAACAACUUCGUUUCUAACCCCCAACAGUUUGGGUUUAUUACGGCAAAAGUAGCUUGUUGUGGACAAGGACCCUACAAUGGUCUUGGUUUGUGUACACCACUCUCCAAUCUGUGCCCUAACAGAGAGCAGUAUGCAUUUUGGGAUGCAUUCCAUCCAUCCGAGAAAGCCAACAGACUUAUUGUGGAGGAAAUCAUGUCAGGUUCUGAAGCCUACAUGAACCCUAUGAACCUUAGCACCAUCCUGGCUUUGGAUGCUAUCACCACAUGAAGACAAGCAAACAUGAUCAUCCUUCGAUGCUAUACUUUAUGAUAUCUCGCUUUAUACUUGUUUUAUAGUUUAUUAAUUGUAAUUGUGAGUACUGUAUUCCUCCAUAUAAGUGAGGAUCAAAACUUAAGGAAGAAAAUAACUUGCGUUUACCAAAAGUUACUGUGGAGGAUAUAAAUGCUACAUUGAUUCCAAAAGCUACAUCGUGUUC